AUGACUAGGAAGAAGGUGAAGCUUGCUUUCAUUGAGAAUAAUACUGCAAGGAAAACAACUUACAGUAAAAGGAAGAAAGGUUUAUUGAAAAAGGUCGAUGAAAUAUCAACCCUUUGCGGUAUCGAUGCUUGUGCGAUAGUUUAUGGCCCAUACGAUCCUCAACCUGAGAUCUGGCCAUCUCCGUCGGGAGUUGAAAAGGUGCUUACGAAAUUCAAGACAGCGCCUGAGUCUGAUCAAAGCAGAAGGAUGGUGGAUCAAGAGAGUUUUCUGAAACAAAGAACUGGGAAGGCUGAAAAGCAACUUAAAAGGUAA